CAUGUCGGGCGGAAUGGCAGACGAGAGAGAAAGGGCUGUUUACAUGAAAUUAGAGGCGCUUAAGGACAUCAGGUCCAAGGUAGUCGCCGUGGAGCGGCUGCGGGGACGGCUGGCCCAGGAGGUGGAGGUGGUCCAGGCUGAGGAGGCCAGUCUAGCCGAAUACAGGUCGGAGAUGGAGUUGCUACUGCAGGAGAAGAUGGCUCAUGUGGAGGAGCUGAGGCAGAUUCAUGCAGAUAUCAAUGCGAUGGAGAGUAUCAUUAAGUCGGCCGAAGACCUGCGCAACAAGAGUCUGGAGCAUGCGAGGCGCUUGUAUGACGAGUACCUCCCUCUCAAGCAAGAAGUCAACCGCAUCGCCACGCAGCAGCUGGGCCACGACCUCAAUCUACCCAAUCUAUCCCCCGAGGACGACCCUGUGCCGAGCGACCUCUUGGCCAACAGCUUUUUCGAGAAGGCUGGGCUAGAGUGGAGCAUGGAACACGACGACCUUCGCAGUGCCGGUGGACUGGGUCUCUCCUCUCUCGGACCUCUAGGGGCUCCGCCGUCCUUCCUCUCGCCCCAGGCACCCCCUCUGGCACCCCUCAGAGCCACCCCCCACAAGGCCGACCAGAGGCCCCUUCCCCCUCCACCCGGUCCUCCAACUCCUGCGUUCAGACAACAGCCGCCCCCAAUGAAGUCGUGCCUCAGUUGCCACCAGCAGAUUCACCGCAAUGCACCCAUCUGUCCUCUUUGCAAGGCCAAGUCGCGUUCACGUAACCCUAAGAAGCCGAAGAAGAAGGAUUAAGUCCGCUGUAGAUGGUCGAAACAAACGAGGUGUCAGUUUGUUGGUCGUUCCAAGCGUACCCUUUCUUUUUUCUUCUUUUUAUUUUCUGACCUUUUUUUUUUUUUCAUCCUUAAUAACAGCCUGCAGUAUAUUUUGGGAUAUUCGUUCACUGUCAGAAGAUGUGGUUAUAUCUCUUAGUCGUAGGAAUCUCUUCGUUUUUUCUGUCUGUCUUUCUCCUCUAGUGGAUCUGUUGUGCAAUUUUCUUAGAAUUUUUUUUCCAAACCUUCAAAAAAAAAUGUAACAAACUCUGUAUUGAAAGAGAUCAUUUUGCAGUGAAAUUAGAAAGUUGGACACAAAUUGUAAUAUUAAUAGAUGGUAUUUUUAAAGGAUAUUUUACUUUCAAAAGAAUUUAAAAAAUAAUAAGAAUAAAAAAAAAAUUCUCUCUCUCUCUCUCAUUUAGUAUUAUUAAAAGUGAUUAUAAAAAAAAAAAAA